AUGAGCUCGAGCAACAGGCAGAAGCUUCUCGACAAGCGGUUCAACGAUGUCCUCAACGACAAAGUCAAAGUAGACGGGAAGAACGCACGCAUCUUCCUCGAGGCUAUAUGCGCCCAGGAUAGCGCGCGAUGUGUGCAACGCCUUAUCGAGAGCUCGUCUGGGCUUCCUGCGCUGCAACUUGCUAUGCGUCACGACACCGGCACCACAUUCCUCAACGGUCAAGCUACCGACGUUCUGCUACACUUCUUCAAAGCAUCAGAGCUCGACAACCUGUUCGAGCAUCUUCUCAUUCCCGUCGUCGACCCGCCCGUUUUCUGGACAGCAUUCGUGAAGGCGUUCGAUGAUGACCAGCUGGAUGAUAGAGCCUCAUUGGCGUUCGCCGAAAUCCUGCUACGUCUUCUUUCCUUCACCCACACCGACACUCUUCCCUACCGAACGGUCGCUCAACAACAGACAGUCCAGGAUCGUCUUAUCAACUCCUCCGACUCCCGUAUCAAAGAAAUUGGCUAUCAAGUUCACCAUAUAUGCUCUACCUACAAGUCUAGCAAGACCCCCAAGGGUGUCGCCUCGCCGGAUGGACCCGGGGGGCGUCACGACAACGACUUCGCAGACUUCCGCAGCGUCGCGAUCCUCCCCACCGGAGAUGAAAUCCUCUCUCGACGGCCCGCGUUUCUUCGUCCCGGUGCGUUCCUUGACGAACCCGAAGGCGAAGAAACACGAGUCGCCGAUUAUCUGGACAACACGUUCCGUCUACUCCGGGAGGACAUGGUUCACGAAAUGCGCGAGGAGGUGCAGAUCACGCUCGGGAAGAAGAAGGGCCGGAAGCGCGGGGUGACGAUAGAGAAUGUGGAGUUGGUGGGUGCAUAUACGGGGAAGGAGGACAAGACGGAGCGGUGGGGGAUCAAGGUGAAAUGCAACAACGAUUUUAAGUCGCUCAAGAACGUGCCAGACAAGGACCGGCUCAAGUACCUCGAGAACGACUCGAAGUUCCUCAAGCACCAGUCGCUUGUUUGCAUCAUCGACAACGACCAGCUCGUCGCUUUUGCCAACGUCAAUCGCGUCGAGAAGCUGCUUGCCGAGAAGCCGCCUGUAGUCGUGCUCGAGCUGGAGGGCGGGGCGAGCACCUCCAGAGUUUUUCAGGCAUUCCAAGUCCCCGAUAAGAUCAAGAUCACUCAGAUCGACGUCGCCGUCUUCGCGUUCGAUCCGGUGCUCAAGGCAUUGCAACGCAUGCAGAGCGUGCCUCUGGCCGACGAGCUACUCUUCUGGAAAGACAGAGAGGCGCUCAAAGAAGCAUCGGUCGUACCUACGAGAGUCGUGGCACCGUUGUCUCUCAAGCCGGACACGGACAUCCAGCCACUCCUGGAGACGCCAACGCGCAUCGUCCUCGACAAAUCUCAGUCAGAUUCCCUUCUCGCGGGCCUGACUCAACGCGUCUCCCUUAUCCAGGGUCCACCAGGUACCGGUAAAUCCUUCAUCGGAGCCCUCCUCGCGAAAGCGAUACACAAAUAUACGGAGCAGAAGAUCCUCGUCGUCUGCUACACCAACCACGCACUUGACCAGUUCCUCGAGGACCUCAUCAAAAUCGGCAUUUCCGAGGACACCAUCAUCCGUCUCGGCGGGCGGGCCAACUCCGAGAUGGCGCGCCUCGGCAUGCAUAACCGGCGUCAAGCGUUUCGGCGCUCUAAAGCGGACUGGACAAUCAUCGACCGGCUGAAGCAAAGCGCACUCACGCUGCGCAAAGACCUCGAGCGGGCUGUGCAGGGCGCAAUGGCGUCACGGGUUGCAUACCAAGACCUGCUUCAGUACCUCGAGUUCGAGGACGAGGAGUUUUUCGCGGCGUUUGAGGUCUCGCACGAGGAUGAUGACGGGAUGACGAGGGUCGGAGCAGAUGGAAAAGAAGUUGGGCCUGAGGAGCUCCUGUACCGCUGGCACCGUGGCUACGACGCGGGCCAGUUCAAGGACGACGCGAACGUCCAGGACGCUCGCGCAAUCUGGGAGAUGUCACCGCAGGAGCGUUUAGACCGCAUUGCCAAAUGGAAGGAAGCGAUACUGAAGCAGGCGAUCGAGAACGUCUGCUCGGCCGCGGACAGCUAUAACCGUGUGCAGGACCAGCUCUUGGAGAAGUUCAGCCGCGAGCCAACGGCGGCGGUGCUCAAGGGCAUGCGAAUUAUCGGGUGUACAACUACGGGCGCAGCUAAACUCACGGAGGAGAUCCGCCAAGCGCGUCCUGAUGUUCUACUCGUUGAAGAGGCGGGCGAGAUCCUUGAGAGCCACGUUCUCACUUCGUUAGGAGAAAGUGUAUCGCAGAUGAUUUUGAUCGGGGAUCACAAACAGCUUCGGCCUAAGGUCAACAACUACCUUCUGACAGUCGAAAAGGGGGAGGGAUACGAGCUCAAUAGGUCUUUGUUCGAGCGCCUCGUUCUUAGAGGAUACCCUCACCAUGCGCUGAGCGCUCAACACCGCAUGCGUCCCGAAAUCUCCGCUUUCAUUCGCGCACUCACCUAUCCUGACCUACGCGAUGCGCCCAAGACGAUCGGGCGUGCCAACAUCCGCGGAGUGCAGAAUAAUAUCGUCUUCAUCGACCAUUCCCAUCCGGAAGACACCGACACCCGCAUCGCCGACAAAGCCGACGGCGACUCUUCCUCGUCUAAGCAGAACACUUACGAGGUCCAGAUGAUCCUCAAGAUUGUCCGCUAUCUGGCGCAGCAAGGGUACAAGACCGACGACCUCGUUCUGCUCACCCCGUACCUGGGCCAGAUGUCGAAGAUGCGCGACCUGCUCAAGAAGGACUGCGACCCAGUACUCAAUGACCUGGACUCAUUCGAGCUUAUCCGUGCCGGUAUACUUGACCCGAAGACGUCGGGUCCACCAAAGAAACGUAUCAGAAUUGCGACCAUUGACAACUACCAGGGCGAAGAGAGCGACAUAGUCAUCGCCAGCUUGACGAGAUCCAAUCAGAGAAACGAUAUAGGAUUUAUGGACUCCCCCGAGCGUGUCAAUGUCCUACUGUCGCGAGCCCGUAAUGGUCUGAUCCUCAUCGGCAACUCCCGCACAUUCUUGAAUACAAAGAAAAAGGACGCGAAAGCGCUAUGGUCCAAGUUUUUCAAGCUCGCCAAGGAUAACGGGCACAUGUACGAAGGCUUCCCCGUGAAGUGUGAGCGCCACCCCGAUCGCACCGCUACUCUGAGCACGGAUAAGGAGUUUGACGAGAUCUGCCCCGACGGCGGGUGCGCUGAAGCUUGCGACAUCAUGCUUAGCUGUGGAAUACACAAGUGCAAGCUCAUGUGCCAUGCCAUCGACGACCACGCGACAAUGAAGUGCCUACAUCAGUACUCGAAGAAAUGCGACGCUAAUCGCCACAACCUUCGGUGGAAAUGUCACCAAGGGGCGCCAGAGAUCUGCAAGGCCUGCGAGGACGAAGAGAAGAGACGUCAGAAAGAGCUCGAGGAGAAGAUCCAGCGCGAGUUGCAGCGUGAGGAGGAGCAGGAGGAGCACGACAAACGGAUGGCGGAGCUGGAGGCCAAGAAACAAGCCAAGCUGGAUGCUUUGGCUGAUGCUGAACUUAAGCGUCAGCGGGACUCGGCAUACAAUCAAAAGGAGAAGGACGUCGACGCGUUUAUUGCCAACGUCCGCAACAAUCGAGUAUCGGUCCCUCCGCCUAGUUCGGAGCGUACUUCUAGCAGCGUGCCUGGGUCAAACGCCCCUCCGCCUCGGCCUGUUUCUCCCUCUUCACAAAACCCUCCCGGUGCUUACCACACUUCGAACCCUGCUCACCCUCCAGCCUCGAAUCCAACUCCGACCACACCGGUGCCUUCAAAUUCACAGGGCGCCUCAACUUCUCCCGCAACAGGUGCUGCCCUAGCACAGCCAUCUGGCCCGAUCACUUCUCCGUCUCACCUGAAAUGGCUCCACCUGAAGCGAAUCAACGGCGAGAAGAAUGAAGCGAUCGACAAACUGAUGGCAAUGACAGGGCUCGAAGAUGUGAAGGCGGAGGUCAUGAAGAUCAAGGCUCAUAUCGACCUUCUCCGCCGACAAAACGUUCCUACCAACAAAGAACGCCUCAACCUCGUACUUCUGGGUAACCCCGGCACAGGGAAAACAACAGUUGCGCGACUGUACUCGCAAUUCCUGGAAUCUAUCAAAGUCCUCCCCGGAGACGCGUUCAUCGAGACAACAGGUUCAAGUCUUGCGCACGAGGGCGUAGGCGGAGCCAAGACAAUGAUACAGAAAGCUUUGUCCGUAGGCGGUGGGGCCAUCUUCAUCGACGAGGCGUACCAGCUCGUCUCCGAGCACCAGCAGUCUGGCAGCCAGGUCCUCGAUUUUCUUCUCGCGGAGAUGGAAAAUCGCGUCGGGACGCUCGUCUUCAUUCUUGCGGGCUACACGAAGCAGAUGGAGAAGUUCUUUGAUCACAACCCCGGUCUUCCUAGUCGCGUUCCCUAUAGCUUGACAUUCGCCGACUACACAGACGCCGAGUUCCUCGUCAUGCUGGAGGCGCUCGUUGUGGAGAAGUACUCUGGGCGGAUGAAAAUCGAGGACGGGAUGCAGGGUCUGUACGUCCGGAUUGCUGUCCGUCGACUGGGCCGUGGGAGAGGGCGUGAAGGGUUCGGGAACGCCCGAGCGCUGCAGAACAUGUUCACCAAGGUCUGCCAGCGCCAGGCCGAGCGCGUCGAGAAGGAGCGUAUGAAUGCCCAGCCUACCGACGACUUUUUGCUGCUGAAGGAGGACUUGAUCGGACCGGACCCAUCUCAGGUUAUACCAAAAUGCAAGCCUUGGCAGAAACUACAGGGUAUGACCGGGCUCGAGUCCGUGAAGGAUGCCGUGCGCACAUUUAUCGAUCUCGUCAACACCAACUAUCACCGCGAGCUUCAGGAGAAGGAGCCGUUGGCGAUGUCGUUGAACAGGGUCUUUUUAGGAUCGCCUGGGACGGGGAAGACAACGGUUGCGAAGCUCUACGGGCAGAUUCUCUGUGAGCUUGGUUUACUCAGUAACGGCGAAGUUGUCGUCAAGAAUCCUGGUGAUUUCGUCGGUGCUUACCUGGGACACUCGGAGAAAAACACGAAGGCGAUCCUCAGCAAUACAGUCGGGAAAAGCCAUCAAGAUUCGUUCAAAACCGCGGUGAUUGACACUAUGGUCGCGGAAAUACAGAGCGUCCCCGGAGAAGACCGAUGCGUUCUCUUGCUAGGAUACAAGGAGCAGAUGGAGGAAAUGUUCCAGAACGUGAAUCCUGGUCUCGCAAGUCGCUUCCGUGUAGAGGACGCCUUCACGUUCAACGACUUCACCGAGCCGCAGCUGAUGGAGAUCAUGGAAAUGAAGAUGAAAACACAAGACCUCCAGGCGACCGACCACGCCAAGUCGGUUGCGCAAGAGCUCCUCAGCCGCGCGAAGAACCGCCCCAACUUCGGCAACGGGCGCGAGGUCGAGAACAUGCUCAGCCUGGCGAAGAUGAAGUAUCAACAGCGCUCCUCGAAGAUACCUCCUCAUCUACGCUCCGACGUGAUGUUCGAACCUGAAGAUUUCGACCCGGACUGGCAGAGGGCUCAGAACGCAGCGGCCAAUCUGCAGAAGCUGUUCCAAGACCUGGUCGGCUGCGACGACAUCGUGCAAAAACUCGGUAAUUAUCAAAAGAUCGCGAGCGCGAUGAAGACUCAAGGGCUUGACAUGCGCACGCGCAUUCCUACGAACUUUAUUUUCAAGGGACCUCCAGGGACCGGGAAGACGACAAUUGCUCGCAAAUUCGGCGAAGUUUACUACGACAUGGGCUUCCUCGCGUCAUCAGAGCUCAUCGAAUGUGCCGCAUCGGACUUGGUCGGGAAGUACGUCGGUCAUACCGGCCCUCAGACAACAAAGCUCUUCGAGAAAGCCCUCGGCAAGGUCCUCUUCGUCGAUGAGGCCUAUCAGCUCAGCCAAGGCCACUUCGCCAAGGAGGCCAUCGACACUGUCGUCGGCUUGAUGACGCAGGAGAAGUUCAAGAACAAACUCAUUAUAAUAUUUGCUGGGUACGAAAAGGAGAUGAACGCGCUCAUAGGCACCAACCCCGGGCUUGCCAGUCGGUUCUCGGAUGAGAUCAUUCUUGGCAACAUACCCCCGCAGAAAUGCCUCAGGAUCCUCGACCUCUGCCUGCAAAAGUCUAAAGUCACACUCGCCGAGCUCUCAGACCCCACGUCAGCCGCGUACCAGGAGAUGGAGUCGAUCAUCGAGCGCAUGUCACGCUCACCAAACUGGGGAAACGCACGAACGGUGGUGGAUGGUGUAGGCAAGAGGAUGAUUGAGAAAGCGUUCCUGGGGGUUGCAAGUCAGCCUGGCUCCGCUCCCUCGCUCACCGCCGACGAAGCCAUCCAGAUCAUGAAGGACAUGCUGGACCAGGAGCGCCAGCGUUCCGACGUGCCUCGCCUCAAACCCACGUUUGCUAGUUCCGCAAAUCUGCCAAUGGCGUCGGCGAGCGGGCCUGCACCGCCACCGCCUCCGGCUGCGUCGUCCUCGAGCUCUGCGAGCGCUGGCCCACCCAAGCCUCCACCCCCGGCUCCGCCGAAGGACUCAAGCGCUCGAAGAAACCAGAAACCACCCAAUGCGCCAAAGCCGAGCACAUCAAAGCCAUCCAUACCACCCCAGGGCCGGAGCUCACCAUCCACGCCGAGUUCGUCACAGCUUCGUCCCCCUGGUAUCGCAGGAAAGUCUCGGCCUACCUCUUCUGUGCACACCGUGUCAGGCAGGACAACUCCGACCGCACCUACGCGCGCAUCGCCUGGACCCGGCGCCGUUCGGCGCGACGCAGGGGUCUCCGACGAAGUAUGGAAACAGCUUCAGGCAGACGGCGAUGCCAUCAAACGAGAACAGGAUCGCCUCGCCAAUGAAGUCAAGAACAACCACAAGGAGAUGAGCCGCGCGAUCACGGAGCAGAAACAGCGCGAUAAGGAAGCUGCCCAGCUCGAAGCGAAGAUGAAGGCAGCGAAGGAUCAGGCAGCUCAGCAAGAUUUUCUACGCAAGCUCGACGAGGCUCGAAAGAAGGCGAAGGCGGCCAAGGAGGCGCGAGAGAAGGCGGUGGCCGAGCUCAGGAGGAAGCAGCAAGAGGAGCAGAAGAGGCGGCGGGAGAUCGAGGAAGCUAAUAAGAAGCUGCAGCGGAUGGGCGCCUGUCCUAUGGGGUAUCAUUGGAUCCCUCAGUCGGACGGAUGGCGUUGUGCAGGUGGUUCUCACUUCGUGCAUAGGUCGCAGCUGCGCUAG